AUGCGCGCCGCGCGAUUGACCCCGACCUCGCUCGCGCGUCAAGCGAACGCACACACAUCGAAAGCGCGUGCGCGCGUCAUGCCAGCGCCCAAGCGUGCGCGCGCGAGCGGUGAAAGGGCUGUUGACAGAGUGAAUAAAUUUCGUGCCGGUCCAAACAAUGGUGUCGACGUCGCGUCGUCCGCGUCGCGUCCUCCUCGCGCAGGCGAGGUAGUGACCACGGAGACGUUUCGCGUCAAGGGAUUGCACCUGAGCGAUCAUUACCUCACGGCACCGCUGGCGCACGAUGCGGACGACGAGCACACGAUCCGAGUGUUCUUUCGUGAGGUGGUGAGCGCGCAGAGAGGGAACGCGAGCGCGGCGGAGCGCGUGGGGUUACCGUGCGUGUUAUUCUUGCAGGGCGGACCCGGGUUCGAGUGCGGGAGGCCGACCGAGGCGAGCGGUUGGUUGGGAGAGCUUACGAAGGAUCAUCGCGUGUUUCUCAUGGAUCAGCGCGGAACUGGGAAGAGUAACGCGGAGAUUCUUCGGCCGACGCGUUCUUCCGAGGAUGAGUUGGAGCGUCCGACUCUGAUUGUUGCCGGUACCGACGGCUUCGACGCGGCAGAACAAUGGGUCCACUUGUUAAAGUGCUUCAGGGCGGACUCGAUCGUUCGAGACGCCGAGUUGUUCCGCAAGACGUUUCUCGGUGAAAACACGAAGUGGACGUUAUUGGGUCAGAGUUUUGGUGGGUUUUGCAUCACGACGUAUCUGUCGUUUCAUCCAGAAGGUGUGAAAGAGGCACUCCUCACCGGCGGUCUACCUCCUCUGAUCGAUGCGGACGCGCCGGCGUUCGAGGCGUAUCUUAGGCUGAUGAAGCGCGUGAAGACGCAAAACGAAAAAUUUCGGAAGCGGUUCCCUGCGGACGUGAAACGAAUCGAGUAUUUGCAUGAGCACAUAAGAAACGCGAGCACUUCGUUGCCUGGCGGAGGUCAACUUACGCACACGCAUGUGCAAGCCCUUGGCUUCGCGAAUCUCGGCACCGCUCAGGGAAUGGAACGCCUGCACUACAUUCUCGAACACGUCGAACCUGAGUCCACAUUCGAGAAGCCCCUGACUCACAAGUUUCUCAUAGAGGUCGAAAACGCCUUUCGACACUUUGAGACGAAUCCAUUGUACGCCAUCCUUCAUGAGAGCAUUUACUGUAACGGUGCGAACGCUUACGGCGCUGCGGAUAAGGCAUAUGGACGGGGCGAUUGGGCAGGCAGCGCAGAUGAGUCGUACCCUGAUAUAGGUUAUUUCACGGGCGAGAUGGUGUUCGAUGACUUCUUCAAUGACAUUCCGUCACUCGUGAAAUACCGAGAGAUUCGCGGAGCUCUGUUGCUACAUGAGCACUGGCCCAAGUUGUACGACACGAAUGCUUUAUCCAAGAACACGGUCCCGGUCGCGUGUGCCAGUUACGUGGAAGACAUGUUCGUCGAUUUCGAUUUAGCCGCCGAAACUGCCGCCAAGAUUAACGGCGCUCGCGUGUGGGCGACGUCCGAGUACAUGCACUCCGGUAUCCGUGAGGACGGCGAGCGCAUCGUCCGAAAGCUCCUCUCCUUCGUCCGCGACGAGGACCCGAUUCGUUAA